UGGUUGGUUGGACUUUUUUUGCGACGACCACCGACUUGGUAAAAGGCCAGGGAAGCUGCAACGUGGUCGUGCACAGUGGGAGGGACUCGGUCAACACACGAUCUCUAGUUUCCUCGAUCGUGGAGAACAGCGCGGCUAACGCUGCAGUGGAGAGAUGGAGAGGACGUAGGGCUUCGAAGGCCGUGCAGACACCAACGAGCCAACGUGUAGCCAUACGGAUCAUACCUACUUAGAUACGUGGCCAGGAAAAAUAUGCCCGCAUCAAGACAACUGGUCACCGUGUCGACUACUCCACAUCGAUGCUUCCACCUGGAUGAGAUCCCGUUUGUACUUCCCCUAGAGUUUUCUAACAUGACGUCAAAGUGACGAUCAUCCGAGCAUGUGAUAUGGGAUAAAAGACCAAUUGUCUAUUGGACAGACGUCCCUUUCGUGGGAUGCAUUCUCAUCACAAUCAUUCAUCAAACAAUACUCCCCUACCAAGAAUUAGUAUCUACAUUUAAAAAAAAGAAAGCAUCAGUAUCUGCCAGACGCCAUUCUUUAGCUGGAUGUCAGUUUCCAUCAGGUGACACUUUCCAGCCACUGUACAAGGCACAAUUAAGGGUUCCAUUGACCGUAUGAUCUCAUCAAAACUGUUGAGAUUCAAUAUGACAACCAAGAAAAUAUGGUUCCUACAACCACGUAAAUUUAAACUUCUGACUCUCAAAUCGAUAAUAGAAGAAGCUUUAGCUCUCCUAAUCCCCCUCACUAACAUGAGUGUUAAGAGGGUGAUCAUCAAACAACCUCUUAUAUCUCCUUUGUUCUGUUGUUGUCAAUCUUAAAGAAGGGAGCUACACGUACCCUCGGAACCAGGCUGUUCCGUGGCCUCGUCGUGCUUAGGGUUCUUGAGGUGCGGCCGCGUCCUUGAAGAUUCAAUUCCAAACUUCCUUCAACUAUCGGGGUUCUUGAGAUUCAUAUUUUCUCCCUCUAGAUCAUCUACGCUGGUAGUUUAGUUAAUCAUUUUCUCAUAUUCUGAAAUAGUCAACUUGAUCCGUGAUCGCGCCGUGAAAAUAGUUGGCUGCGUUCUCCUAUAAAAUUCUUCACCCCUUCAAAGCAUUCUGUGUUCCUUUUGUGACUAAUGGCUGAGCAGCACCACCAGCACCACCACCACCUCAUCCACCACCACAAGGAGGCGAAUCCCGCCGACGAGGUGGUCUACACCGAGACCGGCUCCACCGGCAAAGACGGGUACACGACUGGUUACGUGAAGACCACCGAGGUGGUCACCAACGACGGCGGCUACGAGUACAGGAAAGAGGAGAAGCAACACAAGCACAGGGAGCACCUCGGCGAGAUGGGCGCCCUCGCCGCCGGUGCCUUCGCGGAGCAUGAGAAGCACAAGGUUGAGAAGGACCCAGAGCACGCUCGUAGGCACAAGAUGGAGGCGGAGAUCGGCAUGGCCAUGGCAGUGGGCAGCGGAGGGUACGCCGCCCACGAGCACCACGAGAGGAAGGAAGCCAAGGAGCAGGCCGAGGAGGCUCAUGGGAAGAAGCACCACCAUUUCUUCUAAGACGGUGGAUUGUUCGGGUUCAUGGUGACCUUCCAAUGUUGGUAAUAAUCGAAGCACAUGGUUCUGGACCGCAUGAAGGCCUUCGUUUGUGUGCGUGUGUUUAAGAUUCACGAAAUUGCUUGAUCAAUAUGAUUGAUAUUAACUAAUAAAGUCUCUGCUUGUGUUUC